CUUUAAAAAUGCCUUCCACCCUGAGGGCGGCGUUCCACAUCUCAGCGUUCGGCUGGUACACUUUCAUUGUGAAUUAUCUGGCAGCAAAGGAUGGAGAGGAGCUACCUGCAGGACUCUUCGUCUAUGGAGGACCAUGGAAGUACCUCACCUUCCUGAACUUGUUAUUGCAAAUGACGUUCUUUGGCCUGGCAGCAGUGAACGAUCUCCAACCAGGGAAGAAGGCAGAGAGCGCUCUGAACAGAUGGAAAGACCUCCUCUUCUCCGUCUUUGCCUUCCCUGUAGGGACGUUUGUGGUUGUGCUCUUCUGGACGAUCUUUGCCUAUGACAGAGAGUUAAUCUACCCAGCAACCAUCGAUGCCUUCUUCCCUCCCUGGAUAAACCACGCCAUGCACACAUCGGUCCUUCCUGUUUUGCUUGGAGAAGUGCUGGUGCAGCCUCACACGUACCCACAGACGAGGCAUGCCCUGGCAGCGCUAUCAGUCGUGGGCUUGGCUUAUUUAUCCUGGAUCGUGUGGAUUUAUCUGGCUGUGGGAGUUUGGGCGUAUCCCCUCCUCGGUCACUUCAGCGCCGCUGGCCUGCUGGGCUUCUUCUUCUUCAACAUGGCGGUGGCGUCUCUGCUCUACCUGCUCGGCGACCGGCUCAACAGUCAAAUCUGGAGUGAGACGUGUUACAUUUAUUCAUGGCGUUUAGCCUCUUUGUGUGGGUUUCUCCUUUAUAUCGCUCCUCUUUUGUUUUCUUUAUUCCAGGAAAGGACAAAGUGGAUUGAUUUCUGCAUGUCUGAGACAGCUGUACCCCAUAUAACUACAAUUAUUGUUUCCAGGUCAAAACAAAAAUACAUGACAAGAAUCCAAGCAGCAUAAUAAAUCAGCUUCCACACGCUA